AGGAAGUCAGUCUAACUUCCGGUCAAAAAUAGGCAUGGCGUCUCCGUCAGAUCCCAGUAGUUGUCGAGAUCAAGAUGCGGAACGUCUUUCCCUUAACCCUAUCUUGACCCAGCAGUCGGGCGUGGAAGCAGGAUGUCCUGUUGAGGCAGAUGCUCAUUACGAUCCCGGUAAAACCCUAAUUCUGGAAUCGGCGGUGGACGAUCCCGGUAACCCCUCGGAUCCCGAAGAAUCCGACGCCCGGGAUCAGCAACAGGAACCAUCGAUUGAAGAAGGUAGGAACGAGGAAGACGACAUGGAAGCUACGGCGGCGGCGGACUCGCAAGUCGUAAGCUCCUCCUCCGUUGCCCGCCGCGGCGGUGGGGCGAAGCGGAAGAAGGGCAAUCUUAAGAAGAAACGCACUCUGGGGAAGUCUCAGAAGAAGCUCGAGGUACUUAUCGAGUCCUUAAGUCCCGUUCCUUUCGUGCCGGUCAAAACCCUAGAUUUUGCUCGUCAUGAGAAGCUCUUGAAGGUGCUGGGUUUGUGGGAUUUUGUGCAUUUGGAGUUUGACCAGACUAUCCGUCGUGAUCUCGUGGCGCAGCUUAUCGCGUUUUAUAGCCAAGAGGGUAGGUGUAGCUAUGUAAAUGAUGCUAGGAUUAAUGUUAACCGUGCUGAUUUGGCUCGCGCGUUGAAGUUGCCCAGUAAGAAAAAAGACUGGGUUGUUAAUCCAGAUGAGGCAAAAGACAUACUGGAAUCUGAUGAAUCGAUCAAGUUUAUUGAAGAUUUGGUUUCUACUUGGAUUCUACUUCAAGGGGAUGAUACGUGGAUGAUGCCAAAAGAGUUGGUGGACUGGGACAAGUGUAUCAAGGAGAAGCAAUUGGAUAAGGUGGACUUUGCCGGGAUGUUCUGGUUGAUGGUUGAGAAGGAGCUGAAGGCUGACCCGCCUUUGGGUGAUUGUUACUAUGCAUCGCAUAUGCAGCUGGUAAUAAAAUCCCAGAAAGAAGAUUUACUGAAGGAACAGCCGGUGGAGGAGCCUGAUCAUGUGAAGCAGGUUGAUUUGGAGGUGAAGGAGGAGGACGAUAGUGUUGCAGACUCUAAAAUGGAUGAUGGAGGUGGCGAUUUGAAGGAAGAUAAGUUCUUGGAGGAACAUACAAUUGAACUGAAUCUCGGGCAAGAGACUGUGUCUGAAAUGAUUGCUGAGGAGGAGCCUCAUCCUGGUGAGGAACAACCUAUGGAUUUUGAGGAAACCAAGAAAGAAGAGGAUGAUGGAUGGCUUUGGAAUGCAAACAGCAAUGUGGGUCCGCAUUUUAUUCGUCCAUGUGAUGUUGGCGGUGCUACGGAACAAGAUGAAGAGAAUAAAACGGAAGGAUACAGAGACGGGGGAGAAGACGAAAUUAUCGAAGAUGCAGUGGAGGAGGAGGAGGAUGAAGAUAGAGAAAAACAUGAAGGGUUUCCUCUAUUCCCCAACGGUGAUACUCCGCAUGGAGUUGCACAGGAAAAUCUUAUGCUGGGAGAUGCAUCUCCUUUAGGUUAUAGCUCGGGGUUGCAAAUCCAUGGCAAUGCAACUGGUGGUUUCCUUGGAUCUAAAAUUGAUAUGCACAUGGUUCCAGGUAGUUCUUCCCAUUUUGGGAAUGGCAACAAGAGGGAUAUCGAUCACGAGAAUGAUAUUUCUUACCAUUCUCAUAACCCUGGCACCAAGAGGUUGAGAACUGAUGAACACUCCUGGGAUGACAAGCCAAUGGAUGUUCAUAUGUGCCUAGACCAGAUGGAGCACUGGCUUAAUAAAACUAGGUUGGUGUAUGCAGAAAAAGAACGGAUUUUAACAGAAUCUAGUAUGCACCAUGAGUUUCUGAUGACUGAACUGCAGAGGAGGGAGACAAUGAUUCAUCAAUUGCAUGAAGCGCAACAGAGAAAGGAUUUAGAAAUCUAUAAGCUCGAGAAUGAACUUCGGAUGAUGGGUAGUGUUUUGGAAGGUUACAGAAAGGCUUUGAAAGAAACACAGAAGGCAUCUAGAGAGCACAUGAUACGCUGCCCUUUGCGUGAUGAACCGAUAUACAAGGAUGUGAAAGGGUCAGGAGGUUUAGUCCUGACCGCUGCUGAAAUCGAAAGGCAGCGAUUGAAGCAAGAAGAAGAAGACAGGAUUAGACGGAAUUCAAUAGAGAGACAGAUAAACGAGUUUGCAAAUGGCUGGUGUGAAAAAUUUGAAGGACAUGACAAGGAAGUCCAGUUGCUAGGAGAUAAGCUGACCGAGCUAGAAAAUAAUGUGAAGCUCGUUAAAGAAUCUUUUUCAAAGCGCGAGAUUUCGGACAAACCUGAAUGUGAUGCAACAGCUGAAGCUUGAUAAGCUCAGAAGUUGCUUGGAUGAAGGCUAACAUCUUUUGGCGGUUCGAGCAAUUUCAUCUUAUGAGAAAUUCUCUUAACCAGCAGGCCAUGGUUAGAGGAUCAUCAUACUGCUCUUAAAAAAGGGUAUAUUAGAUUGAUAAAGGAAGAAACCGAUCCAAAGUCCGGCAAAAAUGUACUGUCAAUAGUGGUUUUAGCCACUUCAAGAAUCGGAAUCAGAUGGAUCUUGAGUUAGGAUUUUGUCUUGCCCUUUUAAGACAGGGUAGUAACUGAUGAAAUCCAAACAGUGUUUAAACUGAGUAGUUGAACCUUCAUGAUCUUCUUCAAAUUCUUUUUGUAUAAUUGAUGUAGUUUUUGCUUUUGU